AUGAUAUUUGCCAUUGAGGAGAUUAACAGAAGUGAACAGUUACUUCCAAAUGUUUCUAUUGGUUACAAAAUCUAUGAUAGCUGUGGUUCAAGACUGUCUUCUAUGAGUGCAACUAUGGCAUUGAUGAAUGACCAGGAGUUUGCAGCAGGGGACAGAUGCAAUGGACAGUCUCCUAUACAUGCUAUCAUAGGAGAAACAGAGUCUUCUGCUACAGUGAUCCUGUCCAGAACUACAGGACCUUUUAAGAUUCCAGUGAUAAGUCACUCAGCUACAUGUGAGUGUCUUAGCAACAGGAAAGAUUACCCCUCAUUCUUCAGGACUAUUGCUAGUGAUUACCACCAGAGCAGAGCACUUGCAUACAUUGUGAAAUACUUUGGUUGGUCUUGGGUGGGAGCUGUGAACAGUGACAAUGACUAUGGAAAUAAUGGUAUGGCUAAAUUUCUGAAAACAGCCCAGGAAGAGGGGAUUUGUGUGGAGUACUCUGUGAAAUUCUAUCGUACAGAACCUGAAAAACUCCAGAAAGCCAUAGACACUAUGAAAAAAAGCAGCACAAAAGUGGUUGUUGCAUUUCUUUCCCGUGUUGAGAUGGUCAAUCUUCUUGAGCAACUAAGUAUUCAGAACAUUACAGGCCUGCAAGUAAUCGGUGUCGAAGCAUGGACAACUGCAAAGAGUUUGAUAACUCCAAACAGUUUCCGUGUGCUGGGAGGGUCACUGGGGUUUGCAGUGAGAAAAAUCAAUACUGAAGGAUUUUCCGAUUAUGUAAUAAAGACAUUUUGGGAUUCAGCUUUUCCCUGCUCACAGACUGAGUGGAAUUCUUCUCAAUUGAAAUUAAAUUGCAGCACAUAUAAAGAUCUACUUGUGCUGAAAAAUUACAAUGACGAUGUGCCUGAACAAAGAUAUGCAAGCAACGUGUAUAAAGCAGUUUAUGCUGUGGCUCAUUCAUUACACAGUCUGCUCAAGUGCAAAGGACCAGAAGGUUGUAAGAAGGACCUGACAAUACAACCACAGCAGGUGGUUGAGGCUCUAAAAAAAGUACAUUUCACUGUAAAAUUCGGAGAUCGUGUGUGGUUUGACAGCACUGGUGCCACAGUAGCCCAGUAUGAAGUUGUGAACUGGCAGCAGGACUCAGAUGGAUCAAUCCAGUUUAAACCAGUGGGAUACUAUGAUGCCUCACUGCCUCCUGACCAGCGCUUUGUUGUUAACACUGAAAACAUAAUCUGGGCUGGAGGACAGCUGGAGAAGCCAAGGUCUGUGUGUAGUGAGAGCUGUCCUCCAGGCACUAGGAAGGCUGCACAGAAAGGAAGACCUGUCUGCUGUUAUGAUUGUAUUACAUGUGCAGAAGGAGAAUUCAGUAAUCAGACAGAUUCAAAUAACUGCAAGCAGUGUCCAGAGGAAUACUGGUCUAAUGCUGAGAAAAAUAAAUGUGUACUAAAGACUGUAGAGUUUCUCUCAUUCACAGAAGUUAUGGGUAUAGUGCUAGUCUUUUUCUCACUCUUUGGAGCAGGAUUAACUGUGCUGGUGGCCAUCCUAUUUUACAGCAAGAAGGACACCCCUAUAGUAAAAGCCAACAACUCAGAGGAACGCAAACGGAAAUCUGCCUAA